AUGUCGUUGGGGUCGAUCAACGAUCUCUACUUGUCUCAUUGGGACGCUAUCGCAGCAAAACUCAAGGGGCAUUCCGCCAAUCAAGAAAUUGACGGAAAGAGCCUAGAUCUGGCUACUGUGAUUGCAAUUGCCAGAUAUGGAACACCUUCACAUUUGUCCGAAGGCAGCAUUUCGGCUGUCGUAAAGACUGCCGAGAUGCUUCAAGCAAGUAUUGACAAGGGUGAGGUCGUAUAUGGUGUCAACACAGGUUUCGGUGGCAGUGCCAACACACGCACAAACCAAGUGCAAGAACUCCAGUCAAAUCUGCUGCGUAUGCUUCAAUAUGGCGUCAUCGCAGAAGACCGGACAGUCACGGCUCCCGAGUCGCGCCACGACACAGACUUGAACGACAUCAUCAGUCAAUCAGCUCUCCCGCUUGAUUCUCCGUUAGCCUCAACAUCUAUGCCUGAAUCUUGGGUCAGAGCCGCCAUGCUGAUCCGGCUCAACUCUCUGGCUUCUGGCUUCUCCGGCAUCAAAGAGACGACCAUUCGCACUCUGCACCAGAUCCUGGAAGAGGGCAUCACGCCUCUGGUGCCCGUCAAAGGAAGCAUUUCGGCGUCGGGUGAUCUGAGUCCUCUGUCCUACAUUGCCGGCGUGGUACAGGGAAAGCCCGGCUUGAAUGUCUGGACACGCAACGCCCAUGGCGAGCGCCGCCUCACGAGGGCCGACGUCGCGCUGGCGGAAAAGGACAUCAAGCCCGUCUCGCUGGGCGCCAAGGAGGGUCUUGCGCUGGUCAACGGCACGGCCGUCUCUUGCGCCGUCGGAUCGCUGGCGCUGCACGACGCCAUGGGGCAAGCCGCCCUUUCGCAGAUUCUGACUGCCAUGACUGUCGAGGCCCUUCUCGGCACGGAUGAGAGUUUUGACGCAUUCUUUGGCGAGGUGCGACCCCAUCCCGGCCAGAUGGAAGCGGCCCGGAACAUCCACGGCUUUCUGUCAAAGUCGUCGCUUGUGCAGCACAGCGACACGGAGGAGGGAGAGCUCCGCCAAGACCGGUACUCGGUACGAACGGCAUCGCAAUGGAUCGGGCCUGUCCUGGAAGACUUGCACUUGGCUCACCAGCAAAUCGGCAUCGAGAUGAACUCAGUGACCGACAACCCUCUGAUUGACCCCGCCCGGGACGGUAAAAUGAUGCACGGAGGCAAUUUCCAGGCUCGUGCCGUCACCAGCGCGAUGGAAAAAACACGCCAGUCACUGCAGACCAUCGGUCGCAUGCUCUUCUCGCAGUGCGCAGAGCUCAUCAACCCUGCAACCAAUCGUGGACUGGCACCAAAUCUCGUCGCCGAGGAACCCAGCCAAUCCUUUAUCUGGAAAGGCACCGACAUCAUGAUUGCUGCCCUUCAGGCCGAACUUGGAUUCUUGGCCAAUCCGGUGGGAAGCCAUGUCCAGACAGCAGAAAUGGGCAACCAGUCCAUCAACUCGCUGGCCCUCAUCUCCGGUCGCUACACCUUGGAGGCCGUCGAGACGCUUUCGCAGUUAUCCGCCGCCCACCUCGUCGCGUGCUGCCAGGCCCUGGACCUCCGCGCCAUGUCCUGCAAGUACCUGGCGACCAUGGCCCCCAUCUUCAAGGACAUGACCCGGGAGGUCUUUUCGGAGUUCCUGCUGGCUCCCGAGACGGCCGAGGUGCUGCUGUCCGCGCUCUGGGCCGCUUUUCAAAAGGCGCUCGACACAUACACGCACUUUGACUCGCCCAAGCGGUUCGCGGUGACAUUCGAGUCCCUGCAGCCCCUGGUGCUCAAGCACAUCCGGACCACGACGGAAGCCAUGCAGGCGCUGCGGGAGUGGACGGAGAAGUGCAGCGCCACCGCGCUCGACCUUUUCCAGAUGAACCGAGAGGCGUACUACGCCAGCCCGGACGCCACGCCGUACAUCGGCAGCGCAUCCAGCCGCAUGUACAACUUUGUCCGCCACGAGCUCGGCGUGCCGUUUAUGAGCAACAAGCUCAUCUCGACGCCGCAGGAGGAGGGCGGCGAGUUUACCUGGGGCGAGCCGUCGCACGACGCCCAGAGGGGCGCGACCAUGGGCGGCAUGAUCUCCAAGGUGUACGAGAGCAUGCGCACCGGGCAGCUCUACCACCACGUGGCGCUCUCCGUCUCCGACGUGCACGAGUACAGCAGCGCGGCGGAAAAGGCCCUCGCCGCCAACAGGGACGAGAAGACGCAGUUCUCCUACGCCAUGACCAAGGCCAGGGAGCUGACGGGCUGGGGCCGCGGCAGCAAGAGCCCUGGCUCGAUGAGCGGUAGCGAGAAGAAUGAUGCGGCGCAGGCCCAGAAUCUGAGCUCGAGUGCUACCGUCGUGGACGAGGCUCUGGAUCUGUCGGAGAUUGAGGCUGGCACUGGCCAGAAGAUCAUCACAGAGGACGUGGAAGUGUCGCCGGACUUGGCCUGGAAAGCACAGUCGAUGGGAUUGGGGAAUGAGAACAGUCAGAUUUACUCGAUUGUUUAA